CCUACAUACAUACAGACAUACAUAUUGUCUUUUCUUUCUCUCUCUCCGAGUCAGCAUACUGCCCGUAUAAUCAAACCGAUAAACCACCACCACCAUCUAUCACCGUAAAAUAAGCGAGCCCUACUCCGAUCGAACCAUCUACGAGAAAAAGAUCAACCAACAGCUAGUCAUAGCAGCUCGUCAAUUCCGGAUACCUCGGGCACGAUGGGUCUCGCAUAUAACACGUAUCUCAACUGUAGUAGGAUCUAUGGGUGCAAGAACUGCAAAGCCCACCUCGCAAACCAUGAUGAGAUUAUCAGUCGAAAUUUCCGCGGCCAACAUGGUAAGGCCUACCUAUUCAACACGGUCGUGAACAUCGACGCCGGCGAACCCUCGGAGCGGAGCAUGACGACGGGGCGCCACAUCGUGCGCGACAUCACCUGCAAGCAGUGCAAGGAGACCGUGGGGUGGAAGUACGACCGCGCCUACGAGUCCUCGGAGAAGUACAAGGAGGGGAAGUUCAUCCUCGAGGCCGAGCUGCUGUGCAGCGUCAGCUAGAUGUAGAUGGAUCCAUAGCUAAGAUUUCGGCUCGGCUCCCGCUACCUAUACUACCCCAACAUACAUCCAUAUCUGUCUCACGAUCGGCCGAACGGAAAU